AUGGGGAUUAAAGGGCUGUGGUCGGAGGUGCGACCCGUAUGCCGCCAAUCCCACCUGUCGAACUUUCGCGGCCAGCGUGUGGCGGUGGACAUGUACGUUUGGUUGCACCGCGGCAUUUUGGGUAGCGUUCAGUUGGGCACGAGCGCGGAUGCAGAGGCAUUCAUUGAGUCUGUGGAAGCGACACCCGACGCCGCGGAUGCGGUCGCUUCUGUGCGGCUCACCAACAAAUUUUUGCAGUUUGUGAUGGGCCGUGUGGAGCUGAUGUUGCGGUGUGGCAUCCACCCAGUUUUGGUCUUUGAUGGGGCUCCAAUCCCCAUGAAGCGGGGCACAGAAGAGGAGCGACAGCAGCUUAGGGCAGCGCGGCUGGCGGAGGCGGUGCAGCUGAUAAAGGAUGGCUCAGCAUCAAAUCCCUGCGCGAGGCAGGAGGCGGCACAGUUGUUGGAGAAGGGCGUGGACAUCACCACGGAGCUGGCGCACGCCGUGAUUCAGGUGCUGCAGGAGCGACGACUGGAGUGCAUUGUUGCCCCAUAUGAGGCGGAUGCGCAGCUGGCGUACUUGUGUAAGGAGGGAUACGUGCAGGCGGUUAUAUCGGAGGACAGUGACCUCAUCGCGUACCACUGCCCGUGUCUCAUCGCCAAGCUGGAUGGCCAUGGUAACUGUGAGGUGCUCGUUGCACAGGACCUGCCGCGGUGUCCUAGCUUUUACGGGCUGUCGUAUGAGUCCUUCCUGGUUGGCUGCAUCCUUAGCGGGUGCGACUACCUGCCGAGUCUGCGGCACAUUGGGGUGAAGAAGGCCUUUCGCCUGGUGGCCCAGGCUACCUCUGUCCCAAGCAUUAUGAGCACCCUGCAGGUGAAGUUUGGGUUUUCCAAGGAGGAGUUAGACGAAUACGGGGAGAAGCUACAACAGGCCUUCUACUGCUUUGCACACCACUUUGUAUUUGACCCUGUUCGCAAGGAAGUCAUGCACUUAACCCCAUUGCCACGCGGGAUUCCACUCAACACAAAUCUCCUCGGCAAGACGCUACAGAAAGACGUCGCCGAAAAGGUCUGUGCGGAAUGCCUCUACGAUCCCGUUACAAAGGCGUUGUACAGGGGCAGCUAUCAGUACUGCGUCCAAGAGUACUGGAGGCACGUGAGAGGAGGGCAAACCUCGCUGAAGGCGUAUAGCGGGUUUCAGGACAUGCAGUCCCCGCGUGUGACAAUCCUCUUGAGACAAGGGGGCGCUGACGCAACAGGGCAGCGGGCCUCUCCCACCACGACGUUUUUUUCCUCCCCGCUGCAGAAGGUUUGCGAGGCCACAGGAUUCUGUAAACAAGCGACCCGCAGCACAACGUUGGUACGCUCCAAGUACUUCACACAAGGGCGUUGGAAGGUGGAGGAUUGGGAAAGUGACGAGAGCGAGGACACCCCCACCAUGACAACACAGACCACCGCCACCUUUGACAGCUCCAUGACUACGGCAGCUGCCGGAAACGACGGGGAGGUGAGUGAAGGCUCCCAGUGGUGCAUGUCGUCACUUCGUUUUGUGGUAAAAGACGCGAUGGGAGCCACCCCGCAGUCUGUCUCCCAACCGUCGACAAAUCUGACGCAGGAGGAUGGGCUUGUGACGCAGCAGCAGCAGCAGCAAGCUAGUUUCAGCCUGCCUGAGGCACCAGACGCAUUACUAUCGCCUAUUAUUCCACCCUCUGUGCCGAAGCCUCCACACGGGGCAAUAACGGCAUCGGACCAUAAAGAGAGCCAAUGUCGACACGGGGGAAGUGGGUGCCCGUUUGGUUACCCGCAGUGCGGACGCCGGCACUCCAUCUUCGAGCUCUGCUUCCAGGGAAAGCAUUGGGCAAAAAAUCCCACCCCGCUUGCCAACGAAGGGGUGAAGAAUACUAGUGAUGGUGAGAGUAGCCAUAGCUGCGGUGGUGAAUUGUCCUGUUCUUCCUUACGGACAGGCACCGGUGAGAAGCGGCAACGGGGGACGGCGAUGCCACUUUCAUUUCGCCCCGUUUUUAGACAACCGGCGUCCACCAGCGGGACGUCGACUGCCAGCGCAUCACAUGCGGAGAAAAUGUCCUCCGCCGCUAAGCGGAGGCUGCUGUCGCCCACAGACCAGGCGGUGCAGCUGAUGCAGCGACUGAAUCCUAGAAGCAACAUGGCCCCUACGGUGUCCUCCAAGGCGGAAGACACCGGUCGUGGUAACGAAGCGGCCACGAAGCUGUUUGAAGAGCUGACAUUUGCACGGCGAUGA